CACCAUUCCUGCCCAGCUCACAGACACCCUGCUCCCAGGAGCUGCUGGCCCACGAGGCACCCAUGGGUUCGCUGGUGGCCAAGCUCCUCCUGCCCACCCUCAGCUCCUUGGUCUUCCUCCCCACCAUCAGCAUCGCGGCCAAGCGGCGUUUCCACAUGGAAGCCAUGGUUUACUUCUUCACCAUGUUCUUCGUGGCGUUUUACCACCUUUGUGACAGCCCUGGGUUAUCAGUGCUGUGCUUUAUGCGCUACGACAUCCUGGAGUACUUCAGCAUCUACGGGACAGCCCUGUCCAUCUGGGUGUCCCUGAUGGCCCUGGCAGAGUUUGACGAGCCCAAGAGAUCGACCUUCAUCAUGUUUGGCGUGCUCACCAUCGCCGUGAGGAUCUACCACGACCGCUGGGGCUACGGCGUCUACUCGGGCCCCAUCGGGACGGCCGUGCUGGUGAUCACGGUCAGAUGGCUGCAGAAGAUGAAGGAGAAGAAAGGGCUCUAUCCUGACAAGAGUGUCUACACCCAACAGAUUGGUCCUGGCUUCUGUUUCGGGGCGCUGGCACUGAUGCUGAGGUUCUUCUUUGAGGAGUGGGAUUACACCUACGUGCACAGCUUCUACCACUGUGCCUUGGCCAUGGCCCUCGUGCUGCUGCUGCCCAAGGAGAACAAGAAGGCCGGGAGCGCCGGGACCCCCGCCAGGCUGGACUGCUCCACGCUCUGCUGCUGCGUCUGA